AUGCAUGGACCUACAAGGAAGCAUAUGGGGACUGCCAAGAGAGUACUUAGAUACAUUCAAGGUACUCUUGACUAUGGCAUAACAUAUGAGAAGGGAAAAGAAGCAAUGCUUGUUGGAUAUUGUGAUAGUGAUUGGUCAGGAUGUGAAGAUGAUAUGAGGAGUACGUCUGGCUAUGCUUUUUGUGGGAGCAAAUUUCGUCCCACAAGAAUAUUCGCCUAA